UUCGUGUUCAUCUUAUAGGAACUAAAGUUUAGAGGUGUUUGUUUCUCGCCGUAGCAGAUUCCGUGCAGCGCUGCCUGCUGCCGGUCGGAUGGUGACGUCAUUAGCAGUGCAUGCUGCUCAGUUCGGGCUGCCGAAAACUGCAUCACAUUAGGGGACAUAUCACACUUCAUUGACAAUGGGGAUUUUAGAAAAGAUAGCAGAAAUCGAGAGAGAAAUCUCUCGAACCCAGAAGAAUAAAGCAACUGAAUAUCAUCUGGGAUUAUUGAAAGCCAAGCUAGCCAAAUACAGAGCUCAGCUUUUAGAACCGUCCAAGUCAGCUGGAGCCAAAGGUGAAGGCUUUGAUGUUAUGAAAUCUGGAGAUGCUAGGGUGGCUCUCGUUGGAUUUCCUUCGGUUGGCAAGUCUACUUUCCUUAGUUUAAUGACAUCAACAGAAAGUGAAGCUGCUUCGUAUGAGUUUACCACGCUGACCUGCAUCCCAGGUGUCAUUGAGUACAAAGGUGCCAACAUACAGCUUCUUGAUUUACCGGGUAUCAUUGAAGGGGCUGCACAAGGUAAGGGAAGAGGUCGACAGGUCAUUGCAGUGGCCAGAACUGCAGAUGUGGUCAUCAUGAUGUUGGAUGCAACCAAAGGAGAUGUUCAGAGAGAACUUCUGGAAAAAGAGCUGGAGUCUGUUGGCAUUAGACUAAACCGAUGCAAACCCAAUAUCUACUUUAAGCCUAAAAAAGGUGGUGGACUAUCCUACAAUUCAACUGUUCCACUCACAAUGUGCUCUGAGAAACUUGUUCAGCUUAUUCUUCAUGAAUACAAAAUCUUCAAUGCUGAGGUUUUGUUUAGAGAGGACAGUACCCCAGAUGAAUUUAUCGAUGUCAUUGUGGGCAACAGAGUGUACAUGCCUUGCUUAUAUGUGUACAACAAAGUGGAUCAGAUUUCUAUAGAGGAAGUGGAUCGUCUUGCUCGUAGACCUAACAGUGUGGUCAUCAGCUGUGGCAUGAAGCUGAAUCUUGAUUAUCUCCUGGAGCAGCUAUGGGAAUAUCUCUCUCUCAUCUGCAUAUAUACCAAGAAAAGAGGAGAACGACCAGAUUUUGGUGACCCUAUAAUCAUGAGAAGAGGAGCAUCAGUUGAACAUGUGUGCCACAGAAUCCACAGGACAUUAGCAAGUCAGUUUAAGUACGCACUUGUCUGGGGAACAAGCACGAAAUACAGUCCUCAGAGAGUAGGACUUACACACAUCAUGGAACACGAGGAUGUCAUUCAGAUUGUGAAGAAAUAAAAUCUAGUCUUAUAACAUUUGACGCAUGCGUAACAUCAUGUUUUCCUGUUAAUAACUACAACUUUUUCAAGAUUUGCUCAAGACUGAAAUACAAAUUUCAUUAUUUUGUUUAUGAAAAACAACCUGAUAAUACUCAUUAAAAGACAUAAUACUCAAA